GUAGAUUUCUCUGUUCACCAGAUGAAGAUCGGCGCCGAAAAUAUCAAGAGCGAAGGCCCUACGUCCUAAAUCUGUGUUCUGUUAGCUGGUGUUGGACCUGAAUCAGGUAACCUAGUGGCAACCAAACAUCACCAACUGAUGCAAGAUGGCGUCAUCCCUCGCAGAUGGACAGACAAACUCUUCUCUCGUGGCUCUAUCUAACUCCACGAACUCUCUCCCAACCGACCCCGUUCAGAGCGGGCUUCUGAUCUUCGUCAAGAACGCUAACCGCUACAUACUCCCGGUUAUAAUUGCCAUCGGUUUUAUAGGUAACGUCAUUUCCUUUCUGGUGUUCCGCUUCACUGCUCUCAAGAAGAUAUCCACUUCGGUUUAUCUGGCGGCGCUUGCUUUCUCGGACACUGGGUUCCUGCUCUGUGUCUGGAUCGUGUGGUUCGACAACAUGGACAUGCAUUUCUUCCACACCAACGGAGUGUGUCAGAUCGUGGUCUACUUGACGUUCGUUUUCAGUUUCACCUCUGUCUGGUUCGUAAACGCCUUCACGAUGGAAAUGUACAUUUCCGUUUUCCAUCCUUCCAAAGCCUCGAAAGUCUGCCGUCCAGUCUACGCCCGAAUCGUCGUUGUCGGUAUAUCAACGUUCGCAGGAAUCUUCUACGCCUUUUCUCUCUGGACGGCCAGCGUUGUAACGUUUGAUGGCGGCCAGAAAUGUCUCUUCAGACAAAACGCGGAAACGACCAUGAUUUUGUCAAUCCUGGACACUUUCCUGACUCUGCUCAUCCCGUUCCUGAUGAUCAUCUUCAUGAUCACGCGGCUCCUGGUGGACGUCUCCAGCCUCUACAAGCGUCAGGAGGCUCCAAGCGAGUAUGUGGGAGGACACAGCCGCACGGACACCGCGACGGACAGCCUAGCCGGAGACGAGCCGCUGUCCAACAGCGAGUCCCCGACACGGAAUCAGUCCAACGAGGACCAGGGGAACCGCGCGCAGUCCAAACUGAAACAGAUGUUGCUAGUGGUUGUCAUGGUCUUCCUCGUGAUGAAUCUCCCCAGCCACGCCAUCCGUGUUCAGUCCUUUGUCCGCUCUUUGGUGGACCCCACCUACAGGACCGACGCCGCCGAGGCGCUCUGGCAGCAGCUGUUCCAAAUACUCUACUACCUGAACUUCGGCGUCAACUUCAUCCUGUACAGCUUAUGCGCCAAGAGCUUCCGGGUCUGCCUGAUGCGACUUCCGUCCGAGCUCUGUCAGACAAACUGCCGAUGUGUCCGAGUCAAAUGGACACGUCUGAUGAGUGUUCUGACGAAAAGUAAGGACAUCGACGAAAACGAGAGGCGCGCGCAGGAACACUCACGCCUGGUAGACAUCCAUCUCUCCGCCAUGCAUCUCUCUCAGAUUCCGUCUUUUGACAGCGAGUACGUAUGUAAAUCGCCCCCGUGCCUUUUGAGCCCGGAUAGUACAGCAGUGUAGAAUUUUUUGAAAGACGGAAGUUGAUAAAACUCUAUCUUUUUGUCCACGAUCUUGAAGCAAAUUCAAGUAAUACGCACGGGGCGUCAUACAUAUGGCGACAUGGAAUCCAGUUCACUUCGUGAGAAGAUUAAAGUUCAACUUAUUCGCCAUUUCACGAAUACUCAAGCCAUCAGAAUUUUUGGUGUCGGAUGGCAGAAAUUGAAAGAGCAUAAGAUACAACUUAGGUUUGAAAUCUUACAUUGUUUGCAUCAAUUUCAUGUACAAUGUACCUUUAUCAAUCAAAAACAGUUACUGGGAAAUCCCGCCUCGUACGGAGCAAAAAAGAUUUAUUAUUUAUGCUACUUUUCGAUUUUUUCUUAUUUUUAAUCCAUUUAAUUAUGAAUAAAUUAACUUUUUUUACUUAUUUUUUUAUUGAUAAUAUUUUUACUAAUGGUGAUUAUAUUCCUGUUGAUAUCUCCAAUUGUCAACUAUAAAUUGUAAAAUUCCAAUUGUCAGCUACAAAUUGUAAAUUCCAAAAUUCCAACAGUUACUGUCAACUACAAAUUAAAAAAAGUCCAAUUGCCAACUAAAAAUUCCAAUUGUCAACUACAAAUUGUAAAAUUCCAAUUGUCAACUACAAAUUGUAAAAUUCCAAUUGUCAACUGCAAAUUGUAAAAUUCCAAUUGUCAACUACAAAUUGUAAAUUCCAAAAUUCCAAUUGUCAACUACAAAUUAAAAAAGUCCAAUUGCCAACUAAAAAUUCCAAUUGUCAACUACAAAUUGUAAAAUUCCAAUUGUCAGCUACAAAUUGUAGAAUUCCAAAAGUCCAAUUGUCAGCUACAAAUUGUAAAAUUCCAAUUGUCAACUACAAAUUGUAAAAUUCCAAUUGUCAACUACAAAUUGUAAAAUUCCAAUUGUCAACUACAAAUUGUAAAUUCCAAAAUUCCAAUUCUCAGCUACAAAUUAAAAAAGUCCAAUUGCCAACUACAAAUUCUAAUUGUCAACUACAAAUUGUAAAAUUCCAAUUGUCAGCUACAAAUUGUAGAAUUCCAGUUGUCAGUUUCAAAUUGUAGAAGAAAUCGUCUUCUGUGUAUUCGUCCAGUUGCAAUAAGUUUAUUAUUGGACAGUACAAGUCCGGAUAUUGGACACUGAUAAUUGUUACAUAUAUCAUUUAUAUAUCACCGAUAUAUUUAGUAAUAUAUGUGAGUACAUGUACUUCUCAACUUGUACAUAGAUGUUUCUUUAAUAGAAAGUUACAUGUAUAUGAAUUGUGUACAAUAUAUUUAUUUUUUACAUGUACAAGUUAAAGUGUAAAUAGAUGUAUUUAUUGUAUUCUAAUUACAACAAUGUGUUUAUAUGUAAUUAUUUUUUCAUGUUCGAA